AAUUGUCGACAAGUGGUGCUGGGUGUUGGAUGUGCGCUAGGGAAGAGCUAGCGCUUAGGUGACAACCUCAUUGGUUCUCUGUCGUGAAGUUUGAAACCCAACCAAGUGUGGUGCCACGAAAAUAGACUUUGUAGAAGUGUGAACAGAACAGGCUAGGCAGUUUGAGUAUCACCCCACCAACUUAUGGACACUUUUAAAAGCAAAGUUGUGUCGGCGACAAAGUGUGGCACAGAUUACGCCGUACCGACAGUGUGUAUAUCCUGCCGUGGCUUCAGGCUUCAAAAGUUCAAACCCACAAAAACCAAAUCAAUCCCCCAGGAAAACAAAAGUAAACCAUCAAAGCAAUCGACGGUGGGGAAGACAGUAACGGUGCGUCUACCACGGAGUCCGCAGUUGGAGAAGGUUUUUGACACAUACGCACCCAAACGCCGCAUAGUGUGUUACGUCAGCUGAAUGAGUGAGUGGAAAGGAGAAAAAACCAACAGCAACAACAACAGAAAGGGAAAUCAAAAUUUUGCCGGUUGAAAAGCAGAAGCAACAUUCCAGAUAAACGGUACCUAAUUCUGCACUGAAAACAGUGCUAUAGUGUUCUAGGUGAAGUUUACAAACGUAAAUAAUAUUGUGCAAGUUUCUGUGUCAGUGCAUCAGUGGUCCUUAAGAAAAUACCACCCAAACCGCCCAAGGUUGUGGCCGACAAGUGACGAAGAAGCGAGAGGCAUCUUCUUUGAAGAAUGUUUGUGAAGGAAGAAAAACGGUGCUAAAAUUGCAAAUGCAAGCAUCCGAGCGUGAAAGGCAUCGGAACGCCAGUCCUUGGGCCAGUAUAUCCUGGUGACCCGAUUUAAAACCGAGCGCCCCUGUACGACCGCGAGGGGAAUUUGAAUUGCAAACAAACGUGUGAAGAGCCUCGCGGCGCCGCGCUCCGUUGAACGGUCGGUUGGAACCAAACCGACCAGCCUUGAGCAACAGGCAGCGAAGAAGGAGAGGAGAGUCGCAGAGAGCUGCGGAGUGCAAAAGAGUGUCAUUGUGGUGGCCAAGUGCUUUCUCUCUUGCUCUGUGAUUGUGUCUACGAGUGUGUGUGUGUGCGCGCGUGUGUGUAUGUGUUCCUAAGCUGGACACAGGAUCCACUGUGUCUUGUGUCUGUGUAGUGUGAAGGCAGCACAACACAAUCCCAGAUGCUAACCGUCCACGUGUUAAUGUAAUCCUUCAUUCGUGUGUUUCUGUGUGCGUGGCCGUCCGUUCGUGCGUGCGUGCCACGGCCUUGUGUGUGUGUGCGCGCGCGUGUGUCGGCAAUGUGGUGCGGCAGGUGCGACACCGCCAGUUCACAAUCGAGCGAGGAUCGCGGCCGCCUGCCGUCGACCAGGCGCUCCGCCACGGUGUGUUGCUUGCCCGCGGUCCUAUGCUACGGCCUGCCGAAUGCAACCUGCGCGCCCCGCCACCCAGUACUGCACUAUUGAAGAAGCAAACACAAAACCCACGAGAAAGAAAGUACAAUGAGGCCAAAUAAAUACGAUGGUAUCACAGCUAACCGUCUAUGCCAAGAUUUUGUGCCUCCUGAUGACAUUAUUCAGUGCAGGAGCAUCAACGGGGAACGACCAACAUCUGCAAUCAGCGUGCAAUCUAAAGUUUCUACGUGCCAAAAACGGUUCCGUGUUCGCCGACGACAACUUGGAGAAUGGUCAACCACAGAUUUUCAGUGUCGUUGCCACGAAAAUACGCGACAAUCGGGUUGCCGUGACGAUCUACUCCAAAGAGACGAAUUCGUACAUCUGCUUCGACAAAAACUGGCGCACCAAGGCGAUGCGUGCCAAAGGGAACAUCUCCAAGCGGUGCAUGUUUAUCGAGAACAUCGAAAAAUCGGGCGCCAUCCGGUACCGGUCGGUGGUCAACAAGAACCGCUCCCUCGGCUUCCAGAAGAACGGUAAACCGAUCGGGCCUGCGCGGGCCGGCAGCCGGAAGCGACCGAUCGACGAGCGGUGCUACACCUUCAACCCGUCCGAUGUGGGCACGAAGCAUCCGGACUUACUGUCGCAGCCACCACCAGCACCACCAUCAUCAUCACCACCACCACCACGGAAGCCGGAAGCGAAUCUUCCAUCACGUCCACAGCCACCGCCACCGCCGUCACCACCACUACCGCCACAGCCACGCCACCGGCACCAUCGGCAGCAGGACGUCGCGUCGCGCAAGGAUGCGUCGGUCGGGGAGGCGAACGCCAGCGGCAACUCGCUGCUAGCGGCCGGGCCGUCGCCCGACCAGCACCGACAGUCGCCGACGAACCGGCACCGGCACAAACACGGGCUGGUCGGUCGGACGGGUGGUGGCAAGAACCACCAGCACCAACACCAACACCAGCAGGCAGCAACAGGACACCCGAAUCUCGAUACUGGCGCGAGCGGAGCGAUCGCGCCCACCCUGUCCUCGCUGUACGGCGCCAUGCUGGACGACCGUGGGCCACUGGUGCGGGCCUACGGCAAGGGUACGCACCGCCGCAGCCACCUCAACUCGUACGCAUCCGCCCCGGGCGAACUGGCGGCACCGUCGCUGCCCGCCGCCAUCGUCACCAAGCUGCCGCCAAAGGUGGCGGGGGCAGGAGCGCCCGCCGGCAGUGGCAGCCUGCUGCUGGACGUCGUCGGCCAAGGGGGACUCUUCCGCAAGGAGCCGGCCAAUGGUCGCAGCCAGGCGGGUGGAGGAGCAGCAGCAGUAGCAGCAGCAAGUGGGCGGAAAAAGUCGGCCGUCAGGAACGCGCCACCCUCCAGCAAGCAGCAGGGCGCGAGCACGCGAGGGAGAGACAAAAGGGCGUCGGGUUGAGCAGCCGCCCACCCGACUCAACCGAAAACCCACCCACCAUCCCCGUUCUCACCGCCUCAUCCUGCGCCUUUGCGAGGGGAUGGCCCCACCUUUACAACAACAACAAACAACAAAAACCCGCUUGUUGGAGCUUUA